AUGCCUAACGCUUCUAACCAACCCACCUCGCAUUCUCCGGUGAAGAUCACUGCCCAGAAGAACACCCCCAGCGUGGAUCUCCAGGAGAUCCUCAAGUUCCCCACCGAGUCUACCCACGCCUACUCCUACGCUCAGCUUUCGUCCAACUCGCUCGCGCUACGCUUGAACGUGUUGAAACGUUCCUUGGAAAUCUUGGUAGAGCGGCCAGACUUGCUCGUUAACCUGAACGGCAUCUCCUCGCCUUUGGGCACGCCGCCGUCGAACGACUACUUCUCUGUCACCACCCAGUCGCAGCCGUACCAAUCGCCGUCAUUCCUUCGCUCCGCGCUCUCCAACUCAAAGUCCAACUCGCAUAUCCAGGGUAACGCCUCCUCGGCCGCGCUAGCAGCGUUGUUUAGGGCCGGGAACAAUCUAUCGCUUGGAAUGUCGUCUGCCGACAAAACCAUCAUUCGCCGGGGAAACCUUGCAGAUGAAAUCGCCGACUCUCCCAUGCCGAACGAAGACUUAAAAAGUAUCAUUAAGCUACUCAAUAAAGGAAAGGACAACACCAAAGUGUCGUUGCUCCACCUUCUGCAAGAUCGGGCGGAAAUGGCCACCAACCUCCACGACCUCUCGCUCUCUAGCGGUGAGCUUGUGUUCAAAGUUACAGGCAAAGCUCCGCUUCCAUCGCUUUCACGCGAAGCCAAGAUGAAAAUCAAGCUUCUCCACGCAUUGGCCACGCCGUUUGUUGAAAACAAUAUAGGCGCCCCAGUUUUGUCUCUCAAUCCGAUAGGAGCCUCCUCCUUGGCUCUUUCGUCGCUCCAACACUCCAUGACCACCGCCAAUCUGACCGUGUCCAUGCCGCGUACCUUCCACAAUAUCUUUUCGCAGAAGAAUACCAACCCCCAGGCGGUGUUUACCUGUGAAUUGGACGCCCCGUGGGCCCUCAAGGCGGCCAACGACUUGUCUUGCCUCAUGUUUGGGAUCUCCCGGCUGGCCAUUAGGGCCAUGGCCCUUAUGGACUUGAUUGCCCCGCAGUCUCGUUCGUUGGUGAUGGACCGUUUGACCUCUCUUGGUGCCACCAGCACGAUGUUUGCCGGUGAGAUUGUCGCCGUGAGCCGCCCCGGCAACGGCUACGCUUGGACCUCCCUCUGGGGGAAGAAGAAAGACAACAUGAUCAUCCUUAUGUUUGACCAGAUUUCCUGCGACGCCAUGGACUUGACGAUUCGUGGGGUGCCAGACACCAAGGGUUUAAAGUACGUGGUGACCGAAAUCAAAGAGCAUUCCGGUACGUUAGUUGCCCGGUCCGGCUUGGUCGCCCGCCAGCCGAUGUCGCGUCUCUCAUCCUCUAUCGCCAAGAUCUUGCAACAGCCGCUUGCGGCCUUUUUGACUCCCGAGGAGAGAGACGAAAGUGCCGACAUCAGGGCUAAGCGAGCGAAGAUGAAGCAGUACCAGCACCUCCCGCGGAACGGGGUUCUCGAGCUGGAGAUCAUCAAUGACCGCCGCUACUUUACGUUGCAGAUCCAGAACCAGAACAUUCCGUGCGCCAUUAGAUCAAACGUGAUUGACAGUGGCUAUUCUAGCGAAGAGCUGGAUCUGGAGAAUACUAACCAGUCCGUGAAGUUGAAGAUCCACUCGAUGCCGUAUAUAGCGGGAAUUGUGGUUGUGUCUGCACAAACCUUCCAGAUCCUCUCCUUCAACCCUGCUAUCACAAAGAACUUGUUUGGGCGAGCAGACGUAAGGCAGAAAUCUAUCGACGUGCUCUUGCCCAACUUCUCUCUCUUCUUAAAGGAGGCGAUUAAGCAGAACAAUGUGGUGUUGACCCCGGGAUUGGUGUUGCCGGAGCAUUUCUUCCGUAAGGCCUUUGCGGCCUACCAGGCAAAGGGCAGCGGGAAGAUGGGCAAACAGAUGUCGCAGGAGGCUGAGUUGUUGUUCUUGAACUCCUUUGGGGUUGAGGGGCGACACUUUGACGGGAAUGUGUUGAAACUAGAUGUCCAGUUGCGUGUGUCUGGUACCGAAACGUUUGUGUUAUGGAUCACCUACUCGAGGAGUCUUGAUGCGGCUGGAGUUUCCGAAACUGACCCUGCAACUGUCGAUACCGGAUUACAAAAAGAUCCAUCCGCGGGCGCCCGUGUGUUGUUCCAGGAUGUCGAAAACGUAUUGGUAGAAGGAGACGCCGAGGUGAUCGAUGUUCCAUCCCAGAUGAAGUUGUACUCGGAGCACGAAGGAGGGUUCUUGAGCUGUUCUACGUCUAUGAGCCGCGAAAACAGUUUCCGCAGCACCAAGUCAGACGGCUCCGGGGACGGAAGCGUGAAGCCGAAGAGGCUUUCGUACGAUGAAAGAAAGGAAAGCUCAUCCAGAGUAGCGUCCCUUUCGUCAAACGCCGCGUCCCUUGCUACUGAGACUCCUCCGUCUACGGCUCCGUACGACUUUUUCCACGAAACUCUACUCAACCCCAACCUCAGUGCCGUUUUUGAUGAAAAGCACCUUUUGGAGCAGGAAAAUGCGAAAAUGGCUCAGACUGUUGCUCAGUCCAGUCUAUGGCCUCGAGAGAUCGGAGCCAAGCGCCGGACCAAGAAAUAUGCGGAGUUUCUCACGCUCAAAGACAUGGGCUCCGGUGCGUACGGCAGAGUUAGACUCAGCCAGCACAAGGACGACCCAAAGUACAAGGUGAUCAUCAAGUGCAUCGACAAGGAGCGGAUCUUGGUGGAUACGUGGGUGCGAGACCGAAAGAUGGGCACAAUUCCGUCGGAAAUCCAGAUCAUGAACUUUUUGAUGAACGAUUUGCAUCCGAACGUGAUGCGAAUUGUGGACUUCUUCGAGGACGACCAGUACUACUACUUGGAGACCCCCCUCCACGGUGACCCACCAGCGAUUGACUUGUUUGACUUUAUCGAAAUCAAAAAGGACAUGUCUGAGUUGGAAAUGAAGGUUAUUUUUAGACAGAUCACUUCUGCUCUUGCCCACUGCCAUAAGCACGGGAUUGUGCAUAGAGACAUAAAGGAUGAGAACGUGAUCAUCGAUGAGCGGGGGAUUGUCAAGUUGAUCGACUUUGGCUCCGCUGCGUACACCCGCCAGGGGCCGUUUGAUGUCUUUGUGGGCACGAUUGAUUAUGCCGCUCCAGAGGUGUUGAACGGGAAGCCUUACGACGGGAAGCCGCAGGAUGUGUGGGCGUUGGGAGUUUUGUUGUACACACUUAUGUACCAGGAGAAUCCGUACUAUAAUGUGGACGAGAUCAUGGAAGGGGAUUUGAGAUUCCCGUAUGUGCUCAGUGACGCGGCUGUGAGCUUGAUCCGGUUGAUUUUGGUCAGGGACAUCAACAAGCGGCCUAGUUUACCGCAGAUCUUGGAUCAUGAGUGGUUAAAGCUCUAG